AUGUCAACAAUAUCCCCCAACCUUCAGGCCAACUUCGCGACAGCAUCGCCAGUACCAAAAAUGGCUGUCGCAUCAGCAACAAAGACAAAGUCGGCCAAGGCCGCGGCCGCCACUGCCAAUGGCACUUCUAACAAAAAGAGCCAGAUGCACCGCCGUUCAAGAACAGGUUGCUACACCUGUAGAUUAAGGAGGAAAAAGUGUGACGAGGGUCAACAUGUUUGCUCAGCAUGCAAGCACCUCGGUCUCGUAUGCGAAUACAAGCGCCCGCACUGGUGGAGCAACAACGACGCCAGGAGGCGACACAAGGAUGAUAUCAAGACAAUCAUCAAGAAGAAGAAGCUCGCCGAGAAGGGUGCCCACGCUGUUCAAACCGCCAUGAGCUCACCUCCAGGCCUUUCUCACUCUAUCCCAUCGUUGCCAACCUCGGCCACCUUCUCAGACCCUCUCGACAGGACAAGAUCCGCCUCCAUCGACUCGCACUUUAGCUUCAACUUCAACAGCCCACCAACGACAGGCUCAGAAUAUGGCGCAUUCACUCCUCAGCUACAUCCCGACUUCAUGUUCGCAGGACCAUAUGCUUCGCCCUACGAGAUCGACGUCAAGACUGAGAGGCAAAUGUUUGUUAAUGAUGUGCCUACCCUCAGGGAAUCAACAACCUCGACCUUUAGCACCUGCUACACCCCGCCGCUGCCGGGCACAACCCUGCCGUCGUUCCCUCUGGAAGGCGAAUGGACUGAACAGGUGUGCUCGGAGAGGCGCGAGUCCUUUACUGAAGAGACUCUGAAUGUCAACUUCUUUGACUUUGCCCAUGGCCGCUCCAUGCAAUCAAGGCAGGUUGCCAUUGAGCUCGACGAGGGUGACCAACGCCUGCUGGAUCAUUUCGUCCGACAUGUUCUGCCGACAAUCUUCCCUAUCCUGGAGUCCAACCAACACGGCUCGGUCAGCUCAGACCUGAUCCUGCCGGCGCUCCAGAGCAACAAGGGUUACCUUCACUGCUGCUUGAGCAUCGCCGCUCAGCACCUCAAGGCUGCGACUGGUUCCCAGAGCGAGGACAUGGAUGCCGACAUCAUGCGACACCGCUACGCGACCAUCUCUGCGCUUUGCGACGCUCUUAACCGCGACGAGAACCAUCAACAAAUUCUCGAGGCUGCGCUUGGCUUGAUCUUCUUCCAGUGCGGCGUCGGGCGCUUCGACGAUGCCCUCCCAGACAUUGCCUGGCACCAGCACUUCCAGGCCGCCAUUUCUCUUGUGCAGAAGCUUGACCUUCCCCGCAUUGUCUCAGACCCCAACGCAGAGGCUGCGCCGACACCGUUCAACAUGACACUCACUGCCUGGAUCGAUAUCCUGGGUGCUACAAUGCAGGGCCGCGCACCCACCUUCGCCCACACCUACCGUGAGAAGCAUUUGUCUGCGACCAAUUCGUCGCUCGGCCUACGCGAGCUCAUGGGAUGCGAAGAUCGUGUCAUGUACCUCAUCUCCGAGAUUGCCUGCCUCGAGGCACUUAGGAAUGACGGAAUGGACGACAUCACUCUUUGUCAACACGUUCAUGUUCUUGGUGACCAGAUUGGUCUCACCGAGGUUGGCGAGACUGCCCCUAGGCUUCCAUUUAACUCUAAUGGUUCGCUGAGCCCAAAGCAGCUGAGCAAGAACAUCACGGCAGCAUUCAGGCUCGCGGCGCGCAUCUACCUGUGCAGCCUUGUUCCCGGCUUCAACCCUACUCAGGCUAGCUGCAUCGGCCUGGUCGAGAAGCUGACCAACGUUCUCCAGCACAUCCCCUCAGGUCACCAGGGAUUCGACCGCUCUCUUGUGUGGGUUUACCUGGUUGGCGGGUCCGUCAGCCAGCCCGGCUCGUCGUUCCGCGGCUUCUUUGAGGACCGCGUCGCGCAACUCGGUGAGGCCGCCAACUUUGGCUCCUUUGGCCGCGUCAGCUCGCUGCUGCGGGAGACGUGGAUCGAGGCCGACCAGCUCGUGGCUAUGCAGUCUCAGGCUUGCUCCCCUGCUGCAUCGGAGACAGGAAGCGUGAUACCAACACACUACAUCCACUGGAGAGAUGUCAUGCAGACCAAGGGUUGGGAUUAUCUCCUCGUCUAA